AAUAUCGGCUCGGACUUGAUUGGCGGCGGCUCGGUCUUUAGUGAAUUAAAAUUCGGUGUCAAUUCGGUGCUAUCUUGAUAACACCACUACUUAAAGGAAAAACCACUCGUGCCACAAGUAUUUGUGGUUUGUUACCGCAUUCAGAACGGAACAACAUUUGUCAAAUCUCGAGACAUGGUUGAUGCUUGGGACCUUCCACCGGAGAGCGCUCGGUUUGAGUUGUAUCGCGAGCCGCUGCAGCCGAUGGCGGAGUCUGACAUGUCCGAGUCAAGGUCCACCAUGGCGAUCGGCAGCGUCAUACUGACAUUCACAGCAUGUUGUCUUAUAGCUAUCUAUUGGUACAAGAAAUGGCGGCACAACGUCUUUAAACAAAUGAACCUCCCCGGUCCACAGCCAAAUAUCAUAUUCGGUAGUCUUCAUGAGAGACCGCUGUUUAAGAACUUCCAAAAAUGGACAAAGCAGUAUGGGAAAACUUUCGGGUACUACGAGGGCCCCGUCCCCAUCAUCGUAUCCUCGGACCUAGAGUUUCUCAAGCAAGUCUUCGUCAAACAGUUCUCAAAUUUCCAUGCUCGAAAGCUAUUCCCGAUGCAGCCCGACCCCGAUGACGUCAUGUGUUCCAUGUUCUUCGCCACCGGAAACAGAUGGAAGCGGCUGCGCGCGAUCAUCAGCCCCACAUUUAGUGCUGUUAAAAUGAAGCAGAUGUCGCCACUGAUGAACCAGUCAAUCGAUGACAUGAUGGAGCUCUUAGAGAAAAAGGAAGAAGACGGGAAGCCAUUCAAUGUUUACGCGAUGUUCCAAGGGCUGACGCUCGACAUUAUCGGCGAAUGUGCCUUUGGCAUGCGAGUGGAGUCCCAGAAGAAUCCAAAGGACCCCUUCCUUCUGCGAUGUCGCCAAAUAUUCCUCUACGGCGCCCAGAGGCCCAUUCUGAUCUUAUCCGCCAUGUUGCUGCCGGAGUUUCGGAAGUUCUGGAACUCCCUGUUCAAAUUGCUCGGUCAUUUCCGUGAGGACCCGACCAAGUGGUUGAUGGAUGCGCUCUACGGGAUCAUGCAGCUCAGAAAGAAAGAGCAGUACCGGCGUGUUGAUCUCCUCCAGUUGAUGCUGGACGCCGAGGAGCCACCAACCUCACGGUUCGAGUGGAUCCAGUCUUUAUCUCAAACCGACGACGUUAAGCUAAACAGCAACAACAACGGCUACAAAAAUGGCUACGCCAACGGGCACGUGAACGGACAUGCGAACGGCAUGAGUGGACUGAACCAUGAGUGUAGGAAUGGAUUCACAGCGCCACAUACGGAGGAUAAUGGGACCUCAAAUGGCAUUGGGAAUGGACACGUGGGUAAUGGAGUGGCCAAUGGACACCACAAACCAGGUCACGUGAAUGGGUACAAAAAUGGCGUCAAAAAUGGCGUAGAGAAGAACCAUACAAAGCGAGCUCUCACAAAGGAGGAGAUCACUGCCCAGUGCACCCUGUUUCUCCUGGCUGGCUAUGAGACGACCAGUAACACUAUGGGCUUCGCCGCCCACGAGUUAGCAAUCAAUCCAGAUAUCCAGACCAAGUUACAAGAUGAAAUCGAUGAGCAUUGUUUAGACGGGAAUCCGACUUACGAUACGGUACACAACAUGCCUUACCUCGACAUGGUCAUUUGUGAAGUUCUGAGGAAAUAUCCACUCGCAUCCCCUGUGAUAUCGCGGAUGUGUACAGAGUCGUGCUCAGUCGACGGCAUCCAUGUUCCAAAAGAUAUGGUGGUCAGUGCAGAUGUGUGGUCAAUACACUACGACCCAGAAAUAUGGGGACCGGUUGACCCGGAAAAGUUUCACCCAGAAAGAUUUACGCCAGAAAAGAAAGCAACGCGUCAUCCACUGGCCUGGAUGCCAUUCGGAGCAGGACCACGCAACUGUGUGGGGUGGCGGUUCGCCAUGAUGGAGAUCAAGAUUGCCUUGUGCCGAAUUCUACGGAAAUAUUCCAUUCGACAGUGCUCAGAGACUCAGUUCCCGCUCCAGUUUCAGGAAGGCGGCACCGUCAGCCCACGUGAUGGCAUCGUCAUCAAACUCGAGGCACGUGACUGAAUCUCGUCUGGACGAUAUCUUGUUUUGAUAAGAUGUUCGAUGACCUUUAUACCUCAUCGUAGUUCCGCCUCAUUAGGAAAGCAUUUAGGAAUGAAGUCGUCUGUCGGAGCCCGCGAAUGCCUUGUUUGCGAGUGGGCCGACGGGGCAGGAGCCGGUAGUGAUUGCGUUGAGUGUGGAACUGUGACGUCAGAGACUAACGUAAACAUGUGGCAAUAGUUACUUGUAUUGAUGAAUGACAUUACUGCUUAUGCGCAGGAGGUACAUUUUGGGAAACGUGCAAUUGGUGACUCUUCUGUCAGCUCUUCUUGAUGUGAACAUGUGAGACACGCAAUGGGUGGAACUGCCACUGACUUUUCUUGAUGAAAAUCUGUGAGGCACAAAGAGGGUGGUUCGUCAGUCAGCUGAUUUGAAUCUACCAGAAACUGUUAGUAUAUUUUUAGGAUGUAGCAGCCAUUUUUCGAGGGAUAUGCACGGGUUUUAGACAAGGACAUUGCAGGUGUGACUGUGUAUGGUAACCAUUGUAUCAUAAUCUUACCAUCGAACUCAUGGACGCAUAAAUAGUUUCAUCCCCCAUAGCUCCUAGCUACUGGAUAAAUAUAAAGUCUCGACUCCCGAUCGUACAGUGAUAGAUAAUUAUUCUUACCUUAUGUGAACAAAUAAGCCAACAUAAGCAUCAACCCAUACUGUAACCAGCUAAAUUUCGCGUUUUUUUUCACCGCGAAAAAAUAUAUUUUCGUGAAAAUAAAAGUCACGAACAUACAGUUUUUGAAUGGAAUAUCGAAAGAAAUUUCGAUAUCUGUCGUCAAAAUGAAAAUCGUCGCGUGAUAUUUUAAAGGAAAUGUGGUGAAUUGCAAAAAUGAUGCGGCGCAGAAUACACUGGUUCACAGUCAUUGGUGUUCAGUAUCUCUCAGUGUUCUUUGUUCGUAGUGUGACAAGUAUGGGUAUCAUUUGUGGUCGACGGCGUCCAACGUGAUCUUCACUUUCGUAGUCAAAUACAAUACUGAAAGGUUGCUGCUUUUCGCCAUUUUUCCCAACUUAAAGACUUCUACAGUGGUUUUUCCAACAAUAUGUAGAAUAACUUCUCAUUCUUUGACAAAUGGUGAAUGAAGUCACCAAGAGGGAACUGGGUCACAUGACAACUGCCAAAUUUUCUGAUUUCAGAAUAACUAAUUUUCAUGUACCGUAAAUGUGUGUUCUUUUGGGAUGCGUAUCUCGAUGAUCUGAAAUUUCAUAUGUGGUUUAGGUGCUGCGGAGGAGCCGAUGUUAAAGGGGUACGCUGUUCGUAAAAGCAUUCCGCGACGUUACUAUUUAUAGCUCACAAGGACAUUUGAAUAAGAUAUUGAUGACGUUUCAGUCACGUGACAGUCGGACAUCGACACUUAUUUCUACGCAUUUGAGCUUAUUUCAAAGUCAAUUAUCUUUGACCCUGCAUUGUUUUAGCAUAAAUGAUACCAUAGAAUCAGAGAGAGAAAUAUUCAGAACAAUUAUGUAGUAUUUCCAACACUCGGACAUGUGCUAGAUUGAAUCCAACUGCCCUAGUUAGAAAGCCUGAAUCCAUUACGAAACCGCAUGUUUGUCCGACAUUGCCUGUAAUUCAGCGAUGGGGAAAUAGAGGGCAGCAGCUGCAGUGACGUCAUCUUCGCGGAAUGCUAUUACUGAUGGUCCAGGAGAAUAAAAAUGCAGUUAUACACAACGCCGUGGUGCAGUUAUUAUGCGUACGAAUUUGCUGAAACUCUGUAUUUCUAAUAUUUUUUUAUCUGUCGAUACAACAGCAUUGUUGAAAUUUAUAUUCAGUGAAUAUUUACACAAUUUGAAAUUUCCAAACUCAAAUAUGUACAUGUAUUUCAAAUUUUUAACGUAUGGGGUGGGCCCUUAGAAUGUGGGCAUUAUCGGUGGGUAUGGCACGUACUGUGGUGUGCAAUUAUCGGCCAUAUUUUAGGAUGGGCCAGUCUUUCAUCCUAGGGGAUCACACUAAAAAUAUCAAAGGAAAGAUAUCAAUACACACUUUUUGAGAGUGUUAAUAAACUUAUUAAAGUUUUUAGGCCGGUAGGUUUCAUUGAAAAGGUUUAUAUACAUACGAGUACCUUGAAUCUCAUGUGAGCAGGCAGUUUAUAGAGCAGAUUGCAUAACAUUAUAUUCUCCAGCCAGUGAAGCUAAAGGUAUCCACUACUAUCAUGCAGUCAAAAUAAGGAAUUCGUACCCGAAGAUGUUUUAAGCAACAUUAUCUCUCUAAAGGGACAUCUUUGGCGUGUUGAAGAGAAGGCUUCCAGAAGGACCGUGACAAACAUAAUCAUUGAGAAUCAUUAAAACAGUGCGGACUUGAACGAAAUAUGACCGCAGGUCUAUAUCUGAAAUUACCAAACUAUUUGAAAACCAUCUCUCAACACCGGUGUAAUGUUUUUGAGUGUUUCUGUUUUUGAGUGUUUCCCCUCAUUGUUUGGGAACGCUCAAAAAUAGAUUGAUGAGUUUUUCUGUGUAUCCCCCUAUUGAAAAGUCAUGGUCUCUCUAGCUGCCUAUUGUUUGAAAACACUGAAACAUGGGGAACAACCACAGAUGUUACACCGGCAAAAACAUAUUUUAAUUUGUCCCUUUAAUCGUCUCCUCUUCGGGAACCCGUCUGAUGGUCUGAUAAUUUUUUUGUAUACAUAUCAAGUUUAAACCUUGAUACACACUGUACAAACUGUGCUUUGUAAAUAAUCGAAAACAAAUCGAAAUCGGGUAACUGUGUAAAUUUAUUGUAUGUUUUUGUCUUGUAAAUGAUGGUAGUACGUACAUGUACGUGUAUAUUAUUGAAAUAUUGAAAAUAAAUGAAAGAAUAUAUGGUUUAGCUUUUAGAACUU